GUGUCAGCAGCAGAGGACUGGCCCAUUUCCUCAACAGUUCAUUCCUUUCCCUCUGAGCUGCUGUCUUUAGUUGACUGUCACUCAGCAAAGGAACAUGUCGAUGCCAAUUGCCUUCUACAUUUGCCUGACCUUGAUUUUGUUCAUAUUCUCUGGAACAGAUGGAUAUUUUUAUCAUCGGUUGGCACAGUGUCGAUACUCCUCAAAGGACCUGCAGGGUAUAGAGUUUAUAGACUCUUAUGUUUUCAAUCAGGUUGAAUAUAUCAGAUUCAACAGCACUGUGGGGAGGUAUGUUGGAUACACUGAGCAUGGUGUGAAGAAUGCCGAAGCAUGGAACAGUGAUGCUGGGAUCCUGGGUCAAGAGCAGGCGGAGCUGGAGCGUUACUGUAAGCAUAACGAUGCUAACUACUACAGCGCCAUACUGGACAAGACAGUUGAGCCCCAUGUCAGACUGAGCUCAGUGACUCCCCCCAGUGGCAGACACCCUGCCAUGCUGAUGUGCAGCGCCUAUGACUUCUACCCCAAACAAAUCAGAGUGACCUGGCUGAGGGACGGACGUGAGGUGAAAUCUGAUGUGACCUCCACUGAGGAACUGGCUAACGGGGACUGGUACUACCAGAUCCACUCCCACCUGGAGUACACACCCAAGUCUGGAGAGAAGAUCUCCUGCAUGGUGGAGCACAUCAGCCUCACUGAGCCCAUGAUGUAUCACUGGGACCCGUCCCUGCCUGAGGCUGAGAGGAAUAAGAUAGCGAUCGGUGCAUCCGGUCUGGUGCUGGGAACCAUCUUAGCAUUAGCAGGACUGAUCUACUACAAGAAGAAGUCUUCAGGGGUGCUCUAGUAGCAACAAGGUACAUUGGUGUAUCUGCUGCAGAAAUGGAUCCCAAAUGAGAUUUUCUUGCUUGUUAUGAAUCAGUGUUCCUGAAAGGACGUCUACUGCUGGAGUGUUUAACUGAAUAUUCAUCAAUACUUUCCUAAUGAAUCAUAUUGUUGGUAACAUAUUAUCCUUACACCUUUCAUUAUUAAUCCAUGAACAACUUUAGGCUUGAUAGUAUUUAGACAGUUAGUGCUGAGAAUGAUGUAAUUAGUUGUUGAUUUACCUAAUAGGUGUGGUAGAGAACUGCUUUAACUGACCUACUAUAACACUGUAAGUUAUUGAGUGGGCAGCACAUACAACAGUCCACUGUGCUGGGGGUUCUUUACUCAGCUUUACUGUUGUGUCUUUUUCAUUAACAAAUAACACACUUGUUCUCAACGGAACAAAAGACAAAAAGGAAUAUGUUCAGUAAAUGGUGAACAUAUUGUGUGUGGUAAUACUGCUGUUUUGUGAAGGAGUAAAACGCUGGUUAAUGAGAAUAGAAAAUAGCUUCAGUCUGUUUUCAUUUCUUCAUGUUUUAGACUUUAAAUGUCCCCCUGUCCUGACAUCACACCCCUGUCCUGACAUCACACCCCUGUCCUGACAUCACACCCCUGUCCUGACAUCACACCCCUGUCCUGACAUCACACCCCUGUCCUGACAUCACACCCCUGUCCUGACAUCACACCCCUGUCCUGACAUCACACCCCUGUCCUGACAUCACACCCCUGUCCUGACAUCACACCCCUGUCCUGACAUCACACCCCUGUACUGACAUCACACCCCUGUACUGACAUCACACCCCUGUCCUGACAUCACACCCCUGUCCUGACAUCACACCCCUGUCCUGACAUCACACCCCUGUACUGACAUCACACCCCUGUACUGACAUCACACCCCUGUACUGACAUCACACCCCUGUACUGACAUCACACCCCUGUCCUGACAUCACACCCCUGUCCUGACAUCACACCCCUGUCCUGACAUCACACCCCUGUACUGACAUCAGACCCCUGUCCUGACAUCACACCCCUGUCCUGACAUCACACCCCUGUCCUGACAUCACACCCCUGUACUGACAUCACACCCCUGUACUGACAUCACACCCCUGUACUGACAUCACACCCCUGUACUGACAUCACACCCCUGUACUGACAUCACACCCCUGUCCUGACAUCACACCCCUGUCCUGACAUCACACCCCUGUACUGACAUCACACCCCUGUACUGACAUCACACACCUGUCAUCACACCCCUGUCCUGACAUCACACCCCUGUCCUGACAUCACACCCCUGUCCUGACAUCACACCCCUGUACUGACAUCACACCCCUGUACUGACAUCACACCCCUGUACUGACAUCACACCCCUGUACUGACAUCACACCCCUGUCAUCACACCCCUGUCCUGACAUCACACCCCUGUCCUGACAUCACACCCCUGUCCUGACAUCACACCCCUGUACUGACAUCACACCCCUGUACUGACAUCACACCCCUGUCAUCACACCCCUGUCCUGACAUCACACCCCUGUCCUGACAUCACACCCCUGUACUGACAUCACACCCCUGUACUGACAUCAAACCCCUGUCAUCACACCCCUGUCCUGACAUCACACCCCUGUCCUGACAUCACACCCCUGUACUGACAUCACACCCCUGUCAUCACACCCCUGUCCUGACAUCACACCCCUGUACUGACAUCACACCCCUGUCCUGACAUCACACCCCUGUCCUGACAUCACACCCCUGUCCUGACAUUACACCCCUGUCCUGACAUCACACCCCUGUACUGACAUCACACCCCUGUACUGACAUCACACCCCUGUCCUGACAUCACACCCCUGUCCUGACAUCACACCCCUGUCCUGACAUUACACCCCUGUACUGACAUCACACCCCUGUCCUGACAUCACACCCCUGUCCUGACAUCACACCCCUGUACUGACAUCACACCCCUGUCCUGACAUCACACCCCUGUCAUCACACCCCUGUCCUGACAUCACACCCCUGUCCUGACAUCACACCCCUGUCCUGACAUCACACCCCUGUACUGACAUCACACCCCUGUACUGACAUCACACCCCUGUCAUCACACCCCUGUCCUGACAUCACACCCCUGUACUGACAUCACACCCCUGUACUGACAUCACACCCCUGUACUGACAUCACACCCCUGUCAUCACACCCCUGUCCUGACAUCACACCCCUGUACUGACAUCACACCCCUGUACUGACAUCACACCCCUGUCAUCACACCCCUGUCCUGACAUCACACCCCUGUACUGACAUCACACCCCUGUACUGACAUCACACCCCUGUACUGACAUCACACCCCUGUACUGACAUCACACCCCUGGAAAGCAACCUCCUUCAUGUCUCAUUGAUAAGAUUGUAUAUGGUUGAUUUCAGCUCCCUUCAUUUUCUGCUCUGUCGUCGUUGUGGUUUCAGGUCUCCUAUUUAACUGGGACAUAUUUUACACACCUUUGAUAUGGUACAAGCUUUUCAAUAAACCAUUAUGAUUCAGUG